AUGCCAGUCUCAGAGGAGUCGAGGAAGGAGUUGACGACGGCGAGGAUGGAGAGAUUUGGAGGGAGGGGAGGAGAGAGAGGGAGGUGGUGGCAGAGAAUGGGCGGAGGUGGAGAGGGCCGAAGGAGGAGGAGGAGGAAAGGAGGGAAGGGGAGGAGAAGAUGGAGGGGAUCGGGAAGAGGGAUGAGGAGGAGGAGGAGGAGGGAGGAGGGAAAGGGGGCUUAUGAGCAGGAAACUCAAACCCCAAUGGGUUCGAUCUCCAGAAUAGCUUCCCUCUUGAACUCAUCUAACUUUGAGAUAGAUGAGCAAAUAACCUUCUUAGGUAAAAUUAAAGAAAUAAAGAUAAAAUUGUCAGAAAUGGAGAUAUAUUUUAGGACGUGGCUUUCAUUUCUUGCAUGGAUCUUGAUAUCUAGCAAUGUAACUUUGGGAGCUCCAUCAACUAAUUUUUGCAUAUGUUUCGGCAUGGUGGCAAACAAUCUCCCGCCACCAGCUGACGCCAUAAAUCUCGUACAAAAUUGUGGCAUCGCAAAAUUUCGACUAUACGAACCCCAUCCAGAAAUUAUGAGUUUAAACUCUAGUCAACUUGUAUCGAUAGCGACACGAAACGAAGAUCUAUUACAGCUCGCGUCUAGUCCUGAUUUCGCAAAAGAUUGGAUCAGCACAAAUUAUGUCCCUUACGAAAACAUUCUGGACAUAAUUGUUGGCAAUGAGGUUAUCCCUGGCGAAAAUGCACAAUACGUGCUACCCGCUAUGCGCAACAUUCGCGCAGCACUGGACCAGACAUCCAAGCCAGAAGUUAAGGUAACAACAACGAUAUCAAGUGCGGCGCUCACCAACACCUAUCCUCCGUCGCAGUCAACAUUCACGUCAGACUCCGUUGACAUUCUGACAGAUAUAGUACAGUUUAUCCACACCUUGCCACCGGGAUAUCAAUUGUCGUUGUAUGUCCACAUAUACCCUUAUUUCGCGUACGCUAGCGACCCGGACCAUGUUUCGCUAGAUUUUGCGCUGUUUCAGGCAACACAGCCAGGGAUCCAGGACGGAAACUUGACAUACUGGAAUCUCUUUGACGCCAUGUUUGAUAGUUUCGUGUGGGCUUUUGAGAAGAUCGGAGGAGGAGAUAUCGGUCUUACCGUGGGUGAGAGUGGAUGGCCUUCUGCAGGUAAUGGAAACUUUACGACUCCUCAGCUUGCGAGUACAUAUAUUACGAAUCUAUAUGAGCAUUAUAUGAAGAACACGGGGAGUCCGAAGAGUCCGAAUGGAUACGGUGAUGUUUAUGUGUUUUCGUUGUUCAAUGAGAAUCAGAAGCCGGAUGGUAUUGAGCAGAAUUGGGGUUUGUUUUAUCCUAAUAUGCAGCCAGUCUAUAAUACUCCUUUGUGCUCGUGA